ACAUAUACAACCACCAAUACAAUAUAGACUAGAUUAAAUUGCCUACCAAUUUAUUCAUUUUGUACAAUAACUUUCCAACUAAUAUUGAUUUUUCUCUUUUCUCACCUUCAUCUAUUUUUAUCUUUUUAUCUUUAUUGACAGCAGCUUACUUUCUUUCUAUCAAUUUGAUCAAUCUAAUGUUAUGGUAUACAGUCAAUAUAAAUAAUCUUAUAUUCUAAAUUAAUUUUGUAUAUCACAAUUUCUUUUCAAUAACCAAUAGAUUUAAAAUGUUAGACAUUUUCAGAUAUUAAAAUCUUUAUCAUUUGUUGUGGGUCAUGACCUUUUGGUUAAUUAACAUUGAAAAUCGACUACCUUUUUCUCUACUGUCAAUGUCACUUCAAACAGUUCCUUAGACAUUAGUGUCACUUUAUAGUCAAAGUUGGCCUAAGAUGGUUGAUUGAGGUUUUGGUAGGGUUUCACCAUGUUCCCAUAGGCAAUAUCCUGUAACAUCGGCGUUUAGCCUGUUUAAUAUUAUUUUUAAAUAAUGUAAAUUGAAUUUUAAAUUCAACCAUUGUUUGGUUCUGGGGCUGUUUAGCAAGUAUGCACAUUCACUGAUGAUGGACCGAUAGGUCUGAAAACGUUCUGAAUUGGACAUUUUUAUUCAAUCCAUUGGGAUUUUUAAGUUUUAAUAAAUAUACCAAUUUACAUAGAAGUGGUUUUACUUCUUGUUAGAGUUUUUUAACUAUAUGGUAUACAGCCAACCUAGGGAACCUCCCUUUUAGUUUAUAUAUGACAGUAUGGUCAACUUGGCGCUACAAUACUUGCGAUUAGCCACACAACGGAGCAACAUAAAGCUGGACAUAUGGUUCAUUUCAAGAUGUUUACAUCAUAAAGUCUUCCCAACAUUUUGUAGAGUUAGAACAUCCAAUAAUGUACAUCCUAACAUCAGGACCUCCAUGCAGAUUAAACUCAUGAAGAAAGAGAUUUGUAAACAUUACAGUAAACUCAACUACAUAGAAUGUAAGCUAAAGGUAACAUAUGAUUCUCUACUUGAAACUUUACAAUUUAUUAAUCUUAAUUCUUUUAUGUCAGACGUUCAGGAUAAGGUAGAUCAUUCACAUUCAGUUAAAUUUAAUAGAGUCAAUAAUAAAUUAAAACACUUAAUCAACAAUAAGAUUAGACUUGAUCAACAAAAAGCUUCUCGUAAUAAAAAUUAUUCCAAUUUUCGAUUCCACCCAAGAAUCAAAAAUCUCUCAAAUGUCCAAUUUUCUGAUGACGAAUUAAAACUCUUAAACCUCGGCCUCAAACACUCCAUUCCUAGCAAUUUAUCUAUCAAAGAUCUUGAGAGUCUUUCCAUAGAGACCGACAUGGUUAUUCAGAAUCUUUCCAUUUCACUCACACAAAAAACUUCAAUCAGAAACUCUUGCAUCCAAACUAUCAACAAAUUCAAAACUAAACUUCUUUCCAACAAUAACUCCUCUCUUACCAACAUCAGUUCCCCUUCUACUCUACACAAACUUCUUCAUCUCUCUCUUUUCCCAAUUUCUCAUAUAAUAAGUCUAAAUCCCUUCUCUCCACACUCAAAUCUAUCAAAACAAAGCAGAUAA